CAUAUGUCAGUGCAGACACAAACAAGUGUUGUAUUUUUAUCAUAUUAUCUCUAAGAUGAUAAAAGACUAGACCUUGAAUAUUAUGGUUAACGAAGAACGGAGCAGUAUUAUAAUUUAUAAAAAAUAUUGCUUUUGCCAUGUAAUUCACUAUAUGGUCGCAUUUUAAUAAUUAUCUAUAUGAAUGACGUGUAAUGUUUCCAACGGUAGAUACAGGCGAUAUUGUUCGGGUCACGUCAUUAAAAAGAGAACCAAGUGUUUCUAGCGAUGAUCCAGAAUCCUCUGACACAUCCCAAUUGGCGAAACAAAACAAUAACAAAGAAUUAACUCUUAAUAUGUUUAUAAAGGAGGCGGUGUUUUGUAUUGCUUUAGCUCUUACUACAUAUGGGGCACUGCAUAAUACACCAUCAAAAAUAUCAAAAGUUCCUCAAGCUGUGAGAUUUUUUAAUACAAAUUUGGUGACAGAUUGGUAUAAAGGCCAAUUAAGUAGUGCAUUAGCAGAGAUAAACAAAGAAGAUGUGUCAUUUGUUAUGUUCUAUGCACCAUGGGAUGCAGAGUCUCAGUAUGUGAGAGGAGAAUUUGAAACAGUUGCUAGUGUUUUGAGUGGCAGGGUACACUUUAGUGCAAUAAACUGUUGGAAUCCAGGCAGCGAAUGUAGAUUGCAGCACAACAAAAUACCAUCAUGGCCCAUACUUAUGGUGUUUACUGUGUCAUCAAGGGGAAUAUUAUACAAAGGGCCAAGAAAUGCAGAGAGCAUGGUAAACUUCCUAGAGCUUAUAAUGAAACCAUUAGAGAGGGUUUCUACAACUGAGGAUCUAGUCAACUUGCUCUCUAUGUGUGACGCUGUAGCGGUAGGAUACACACCACUUACAGAUACAUCAAAAUAUUACAAUGUAUGGUACAACACAGCAUUAAAGACACGUGAAUUUGACACUAUAGGUGAAGUGUGUUUUGCAGUUGUCACUUCAGCUGAUCUAGCCACAGAUUUAGGCAUUGAAAAUAUACCAAAUGCCAGAUUUAUGCUGUGGAAGGAUACAAAGGAGUACUAUCCAGAAACAGGGCAACGGUCAUGGAACGAAACAGCUCUAGUUCAAUGGAUUCUUGAGAAUUUCGCUCAACCUGUAGCUAGAAUUAUUCCCAUGUGGAAAAAGUCAUACAAUUUUGAAAGAUAUGCCGAUGGCAAUCCUAUGUUGUUACUGUUCACUCCAAUGAAUCCAUUGUAUGAACAAUUGCCAUCCUACGCAUUGAUGCGUGAAGUUGCAAUGGAAUAUUACAACUGCCAAAACAACCAGACCAAUCAAUGGACCACAGAACUCAUAAAGCUACAACAGAUUCAACGAUUGCUUUAUCAACAGAAGAAAUUUCUCAAAUUUUGCAAGGAGUAUAAAUUCAAAAAACCUAUCAAGAAAAUUAAUUUGAAGCACAAAAGGGAUGUUGUUUCUAAUAAUAAUAAAUAUCCAUGGAAUAAUUUUACAGAGAAGAAUCAAAAACAAAAUGCAUUUAAUUUUAUGUUAAAACAAGGGUUAGCCGUGUCUAAAAUGAUAGAAUCUGCAAAGGAAAAUUUCAAUGUGUGGACAAACUCGGAUAUCUUGCAAGAAUGUAGUUUACGAUCUUUACCAGCAGAAAAAAGUUAUUAUGAGACUUAUGAGAAAUGCUUGUCGUUCGAGGAGCAGAUGUUCCAAGAUGUAGAUGCAGAACCUCAACAGGAGGAAAUUCAAAUGUCAAUGCUGCCUCAGGAAGACGACCCGUUGUCCUCGGAGAACUUAAUACAAGAAAAUGUAGAACAUCAGUGCAAUAUUUUGCAAUUCGCAACUAAGUUAUACCCACCUGUAAUUCCGUCGAGGGUUAAUGGGAAUAUCUCUCAUAUUCACGGAUUGGGGUGUACAACCAAUUACACCAUGAAUAUGAUAGCUGUGGACAGUAUACGCAACUAUCAUUUCGCGGAAGCCCUAGGAAUUGAUAUUAAGAGCAAGAAGGACAUGACUGCCGUUAUUAUUUUGGAUAGUAAACACGAGAGCCAAUACGUCCUAUCAGAAGACUACACAGCAAAAUCUGUACGCGACUUCAUAUACAAUUUCACGCAGAAAAGCCUCAAGCGCACUCUACGCACGCACGUAGUGGACGCAGAGCACACGCACUAUUUCGGUUCCUAUGGCGACGAUAUGAGCGGCAAUGAUGUUAAUAUUGUUGAUCUGACGACGCGCACGUUUAGAAGGACCGUCAGAACACCGGGAGUGCUAACACUAGUGGCAGUGUGCGGUGGGGGUUGCAGCGCGCACACGACGCGAUCGCUGGCCGAGGCCACGCGGCUGCUGAACGCGUGCGGCGUGAAGGCGCAGGCCGCGCGCAUCGAUGCGCUCCGCCACGAUCUGCCGUGGCACUACACGCCCGCUGCGUAUCCUACUAUACUCGUGUUCCCGCCUAAUGGUAACGCGGAGGCGGACAGCCGCGCGUACCCGCCGGAGCGGCGCGUGUCGGCGAGCGGGCUGGUCGCGCUCGCGCUGCGCUGCAUGGGCGCGCCCGCGCACUUUCGGGUGCGCCUCGCCAUGUGCCAGCGGACCGUGGCCGUUACCGCAAAAAGAGCAUGUCUGAAGGACAUCAAGGAGCAUAUAGUUACAAUUAUCGGACGCAACCUUAAAUAUUGGCGGCAAACGCAGAUAGAAGAACUGAGAGACUCUUUAUUACAAAGACUGCAGCAUCUUAACAAAGUUUCAUUACAUUUAAGUCUUAUCCAUAUAAGUGAUCUCAAAAAUAAAAACGACAAGCUGAAAUCACUAUUACAUUCACUCGAUGAUUUAUCAAAGCAUUGGCAUAUCGAUGUCCAGUCUAUUAUAAGGAAAAAUGCAAUGUCGACAACAGCUAGCUGAUAUUAACUAAACGAAAUUGUAAAUAGUGUAUUAUAUUGCUCAUUCUAUAUAUAUCUUAUGGUUAUUUAUGGAAAAUGAAAUGUUAUUACAUGUUA